AUGGAAUGUAACAAAGAUGAAGCUACUAGAGCUUAUAAGAUGUCAAGGAGUUACUUUGCAGAGAACAAUCUUCCAAAGGCUCUUUCACUUGCCAACAAGUCUCGAAAACUCUAUCCUUUGGAUAACAUUGUCGAUUAUAUACAAAGUUUAGAGAAAUUAAUUGAACAAUCACAGCAUUCCUCCUCUACAACAAAUAACAAUAAUAAUAAUAGCCAACAUAAUCAAAAUAACAACAACAACAACAACAACAAUAAUAAUAAUAAUAAUAAUAACAACAACAACAACAACAAUAGUGAUCACAAAGAAUCGACGGCUGCAACGACAAAGCAAAAUAACUCUGGUGAAGAUUCUCUACUAGUAACACGUUUAUAUACAAAAGAACAUGUAGAUAUUAUACAAAAGGUUUUGUUGGAAUCAUCACAUUAUGGUAAACUUGGACUGAGCAACACCUGCACAGAAAUUGAAAUCAAACAACAAUAUAGAAAGAUUGCAAAGAUACUUCACCCCGAUAAGAAUAAGGCACCUGAAGCAAACAGAGCUUUUCAAGAAAUACAAACUAGUUUUGCCCUGCUAUCUGAUCCUACCAAGAGAAAAAAUUAUGAUAUCGAUCAAUUGAAAGCUAGCUAUUCUCAAAAGAAAACGACUUUGUAUCCUCCUAAUAAUAAUAAUAAUAAUAAUAACAAUCAAAAUAAUAGUCAAAAUAAUAAUAAUCAAAAUAGACAACAGCCAACACCACAAAGAUAUAAAAUAUCUAUUAGAUGUCCCACUUGUGUGGCCAUUAUUUAUUUCUCAAAGAUGGAGGAUCAUCACAAAUUUCAGGAGGGAUUAUUUUCUCUGGUGUGCUAUGGUUGUAAACAAUCUAUGGCAAGUAUUACAUGUCCUCAUUGUAACUCGAGAUAUGUUUUAGGAUCACAAUAUGCACAGUAUCAUGGAAUGAGUGUAAAGUGUAGCAAUAAUAUGUGUAGUCAAAAUUUGGUCAUGAAAUAUCCAUCCACAUCGAUUAGUCCUCUACCAAACAACGAAUAUGUCGUUCCUUCCUCAUCCAAUCUGAAACAGCAAGAAGAAAACAAAAGACAAGAGGAAAUGAUCAAAAGACAACGACAACAACAACAACAACAACAACAACAACAAGAGGAACUUCAAAGACACCAAUUGGAAGAACAAAGAAAAAAACAAAAACAACAAGAAGAGGAAGAAAAACAAAGGUUGGAAGAGUUGAGGAAAAGGAUGGAGGAAGAGGAAGAACGGAAAAGGCAAUUAGAAAUUUUAAAAAGACAACAGCAGCAAAAAGAAGAGGAACAACGACAAUUGGAGGAGCAAAGAAAAAGACAACAAGAAAAAGAAAAAUUGGAAGAAUUAAAAAGACAACAACAGCAGCAAAAAGAAGAAGAGGAAAAACAAAGGCAAGAGGAUUUGAUAAAGGAACAAGCAAAAAUACAAUUGGAUCAUUCAAAGAGGAGGUCUAUCAUUUCUACUUCUACCAACAACGAUGAAGAUGACGAUGACGGAGAUUUUAUUCCUGAAACUCCCCCUCCUCCAAAUCAAUCUAGUCAAGAAGACCUCAACAUUCAAGAGAAUGAGAUGACCGAAAAAAUGGACGAGGAUGAGAAGGAAACAUGGUCACAAGAGGAAACAUCACCGACAAUGAAAUCAACUCAACUAAAUAGUAGAGACAAGGUUGGUAGCAACCAAGCUGCAAACAAUAUCUCUUCUCAAAAACAUCAUCUGCGUGCAAGUCAACAGACAUCUUGUCCACAGGAUAUAGAUCUUGGCGAUGAUGAUUUUGAAUUUUCUUGUCAAGAAGAAUUAAAUAAUAAUGAAAAAAAGAAUAGUAGUGAUAAUAUAAACCGCGACCACCAACAAAAGAAACCAGAUGUUACCAACCAGAUGGACCAACCAGACGUAGAAGAGCUCAACGAAUUGGAAAUCCCUGGCGAACAUGAAAUAUUCCCUCCAUUACCAAUUUUUUCAAACACUCAUCCACCACAGCCAAAACCAAAACCUGCUCCAUCCAAACAACAAACUAUAGAUACACUUAUUUUCAAAAAAGCCACAACAAAAGAUAAACCAAAACCAUUUUGUCCUCCCCCCACAGUUUCACUUUCCAUCAAGAAUCAAAAGAUCCCAAAAAAGACAUCAACACCAAUCAAUAAUUAUACAUCCAAUGAUGAUAAUGAUGAUGAUGAUGGUAUUUGGUCCCAAUCUCCUUUGGAUACAAAAACCAACAAUUCAGAUCCAUCACCAACAACAAAUACAACUUGUGUUCAAGGUGACCAGGAUCCCGAUCAAAUCGAUUCAACCGAACAUAUCUAUUACAAUGAAAAUCCUUCUUCAAUUGGAGGUUCACAAAUUUUCUUUCCUUCCCAAAAUGAAAAUGAAAAUGAAAAGGAAAAGGAAAAUGAAAAAGAAAAAGAGAAUCAAACAGAUAAUGAACAAACAAAGAAAAAGGAAACCCUUGGCGAUGAUGAAGCGACAGAACAAGACCUUUUGGAUAAAAAUCAAGGAAAUGACAUUACAAUCGACAAGACAAAAAAGAAAGUGGAAGCUAUUCCAAAUACUAGUAAAACCAAGAAAAAUUCACAUACAACAACAACAACAUUAUCAUCAUCUUCAUCAUCGUCAUCAUCAUCAUCAUUGUCAACAACUACAACUUUGACAACAAAAAUAGACCAAUCUUUGUCCAUUAAAUCUUUUGGUUCUAAAAAGAAAACGAUCACGAUGAGCAAAGUUCCCACUAUUAGACAUUACUCUACAACUUUAGAAGCAGCAACAGCAACAACAACAUCAUCAACCCGAAAUAAUCAAUCAGAAUCUGUUUGUUUAGAAGCAACAAUAGUCGAUAGUUUAUUAUUAUUGUCUUGUCUGACAUAA